AUGGCUGAAAAUGGAUAUAUUCGGAAUAUCGGCGGGUCUACUUGGAAUGUAUUUGAAUGGAACGCGUUUUUCUGUUUCCAGGACCACCUAACAUCUUACAUUUACAUUCUACUUGGCAUAUUCGUCAUCACCGCUUAUGUACCAACUCGGCAAGAUUUCUUUGAGCGGAAGAUUGUUGGAAAAUUCGACGUGGUCGGAUGUUCGCAUCAAUGGUGGCAUAUCUUCAUUCUCGGAGCAAUGAUCUAUUGGCAACAGUCUGGAAAUCAACUUCUCACAGAAUACCGAUCAUUCUCUGAUAGUUGCCAUCGAUUCAUCCCUCAACAAAACUUCUCUGAAAUCUCGCAUUCUAUCUCUAAUUAUAGUCAUCCUUCAAUGUAA